AUGCAAAACAACAUACCACCCAGAACAACAAUUCCUCAUGGGGACUCCUUCAAUCCUCGACCAACCAAGAGGGGAAGACCCGAUAGACGUUCAAGAUCGACUCGAGCAUGCGACAAGUGUAAAAAAGCAAAAACAAAGUGUUCUGGUGACAAACCUUGCACAUGGUGUAUCGGACUGGGUUUAGAGCAUGAAUGCACAUAUGAGGCUCCCUACAGCCGUGGUUUACCACCUAAAAUCAGACUGAAUCCAGCUCAUGAGCACAGCGCACAAUUACAUCAACCAAACUAUAAUGGAUUCAAUUCAAUCAAUUCAAUCGAUUCCAGUUCAUUUCAGAAGCAGGGAUCAAGACAACUAUUACCGAAGCUUGGGGCAAACGGCGAAGUUUUACCAGAUAAUAUGGCACCUUCACGUCAGCAGCUGAAGCAUUAUUCAACUGCUUCCAUCUUUCAAGGAGUCCAACAAGGAUUUGAUAUGCCACUCAAAGGCUUGUCUGUUCCUAUCUUUGCGUUUGGCGAUUUACCAAUGCCUACCUAUCGAUCUGGAAUUAUUGCUCUGCCAAACAAAGAUGUUGGUGCUAAACUUGUUGCAACUUAUUUUGAUCAGGUAUCACAUUGCAUGCUCAUACUUCAUAUUCCAACAGUUGAAAAUUGGACAAUGGAUCUGCUUUCAGAUGACGGUUAUACCCUACAGAAUAAUGAGCUCAAGAGCAGGAAUGCAAUUGUUCUUUUAAUUUUUGCUUCCGCUCAAGCAUACCUUUCAGGACCACAAGCAACAAAUUCUGAUCCAAGUAUGCGAUACUUCCAAUUGGCAGACGAACAACUACAAUCCGAAACAGGUCCCCCACAGCUAGCCAGUGUACAAGCUCGAUUACUACAAUGUUACUACCUUCUAUCUAGAGGUAGAAUCAAUCAAUGCUGGAGCACCUUUGGUACUGUGGUCAAUUUAAUAUUCGUACUUGGAAUCCACAGAAAGCACAGUCAAGAAGGUAUUAUCAAUCUAGUUGAUAUUGAAUGUCAAAAGCGAGUCUUUUGGGCUGCUUUUACCCUUGAUAAAUUCUUGAGCCAUGCUCUAGAUGAUCGACCACAGCUGAUUGAGCUGGAUAAUACUGAUCAGGACAUGCCAAAACUGGUUAAUGAUAGGCAGCUUACAUCUACCUUUCUCAUGCCUGCUGGUAAAGAUACUCUCCCUAUGAACUUUGCUACCAAUCUUCAAGUCGAACUAGCAAUCAUCAUCAGCAAAGUCCUAAAGGAAACCUGCGGAACUCAUAGACCCGAUGUCAAAAUCCAUUUAGAAAUCGCCCAUGACUAUAUGAAUGAUCUCUCAGGCUGGAAGCAGAAAGCCAGUCCUUUGCUUGAUGCUAAUCUAGAUUUUUUGAGCCAGGUUCAAAAGCUCCAAAGAAUAGAUCUCUUUUUAGCAUAUCACCAUGCCCAAGUUCUUUUACUUCGCAACUUCAUCCUCGAUAAUGAAGUUGCAAAUAGUUCCAAUGGCAACAGCAGUAACCAGGCCGAUGCUGUGCUAACCCCUGAAGUUGAUGACGCUGCCGCCAAAGCACAACUCGUUACGGAUGUUGAUGAAGUCAAAGGUAUCCUUGUCGAGGCAUGUUUGGCUAUCUGCAAAAUCAUGGAGGAACAGCCUGAUUACCCUGAGUUUGAUCAAUCAUUGUCGUUUCGAAAUGAUUGGUUUACACACUAUGUCAUAUACUCCGCCGCAGCAGUUACAUACAUCAUCAGCCACCAACACCCCGCAGAAGCAGCUAAAUCUUCCUGCAUGAUCCUCAAGAAAGCUCGACUCCUCCACCAACCUCUCAAAUCCGUCGCACAACCCGGUUCAUUCAUCGCCCAAUGUGUUUCCAAUUUGGAUGAAUUAAAGGAUGCGGUCGAUGAUGUUAUCGAGCAACAUCUAGGCGUGGAACUAAAUACGAAGAUUGCUGAACGAAAUACGAAUAUUACCAAACGAAGUGCGAAGAUUGCGAAACGAAUGGCGAAGAUGCCGAAACGCAGUGCGGAGAGCAGUGGAAGUGGAAGUGGAAGUGGAAGUGGAAGUGAGUACGUGGAUGCAGAGGAUACGCCCAUGGAUUUUAGUAGUGAUGAUGGUGGCGCUGCUGCGAAUGGAAAUGAAAAUGGAAAUGGGAAUGGAGCUAGGCGUGACGAUACGAAUAUGGGUCAGCAGAAAACCAACAGAACAGGAAGAGACGCUAGCGAUGGUCGAAUUCCCAUCAUGGACCGUUUUGCACGAUGGGGUUUCUCGAGACUUACGGCUCGCUAG